AUGGCAUCAGAGCAGCCCAGUGCAAAAAGAUGUGAACUCUACAAAGGGUUUGUAGAUUUCACUGAUUCAGAUCACCUGAAGCUCCUCAGGUACUGCAGCACCAGAUGGCUGAGUCUGCUAACCUGUAUCCAGAGAGUGUUGAACCAGUGGGAUGCACUGCAGGCCUACUUUAACAGUCAUGAGGAGGUGGAGAGGAGUGCCAAAGUGCGCGAUCUAGCAAGCCAUCUGCGUGAUCCAAUCGUGAAGGCUUACUUCAUGUUCCUGAGUGCUGCCCUUAAGCCUUUAUAUGAAUUUAAUAUUGUCUUCCAGUCAGAGGCCAUGCAGAUUCACAGACUUGAAGAGGAGAUGUGCAGGCUGAUCAAGAGGAUCCUGGGGUUCCUCAUACCAGCCAGGGCCAUCAUGGGUGUACCUCUCAAGGAGGUGGAGUAUGGAGAAGGACAUCAGUUGGCUGACGAAGAGCUCUUUAUAGGAGCAGAAACAAAGGCAUUCAUGGCAAGGAAAGAGCUCCCUGUGUCAGCGGAGAAGAAAAUCUUUCAAUCUGUGAGAAGAUUCUAUGAAGCAGUGCUUCAGAAGAUGUUCUCCUCCUUUCCUCUUGACCAUCCACUCCUGAAGGACAUGAAAGUGCUGGACCCUGCUGCUCGCCUUGACAUUACUCCAGGGACAGGUAGAUGUUAGAGUCAGUUCCUCAUUGAU